AUGGAGGACAAUUACACCAGCUCUCUAGCGUUCGAUGUCAAGAUGGGGAAUAUGACGAUGGAGGAUUGUGAUCUUUUGCAGUACAACGGUACAUACAAUGAAACUAUACAUGGUGUUUUAUGUUUAGAACAUGCUCCAACCCUCACACAUUCCGGUAUGAUUCGGGUGUGGGUGUUAACAGGAAUGGCUUUGCUAUCAUUAUUCGGCAAUGCUGCGACGAUUUUCAGCAUCAGACGGUCGCGUUCCAGGCGUCUGGCUCGCCACUCGUGGAGCGCUGUUUAUACGCUCAUUCUACAUCUCUCCAUAGCCGAUUUACUGGUGACUAUAUUUUGCAUAGCUGGCGAAGCUGCCUGGAGUUAUACGGUUCAGUGGUAUGCAGGGAACUUAGCUUGCAAACUUUACAAAUUUGUGCAGGUGUUUAGCUUGUACUUGUCCACGUUUGUGCUGGUGCUGAUCGGGGUAGAUAGAUUUCUGGCCGUUCGCUAUCCCAUGCAGUCGUUGAGCACAAUGCGUCGAUGCCAACGGCUGCUUAUUGCUGCGUGGCUGCUGAGCUUCAUUCUGAGCACACCUCAGUUGGCGAUUUUCCACGUGUCCAAAGGACCUUUCUGGGAAGAUUUUCAUCAAUGCGUCACUCAUGGAUUCUACUCAGAACAGUGGCAGGAGCAGCUGUAUACCAGCCUGUCACUGGUGACAAUGUUCAUAUUACCGUUACUGGUAUUGGUCUGCACAUACGUGUCUACAAUCAUUACAAUUGCCAUUAUAAUAGCAAAUUUAGAAAUGGAUGAAAAAUCUACUCAAAAACCUUAA